UAGAGUUAUAGACUAUAGAGAUAUAUACUCCUCCCUUCGCCUGGAUAUUUUUCUUCCACUUUUGAUUAACGGAAAAAAACUAACACCGUUUUACUGUCGAAAACCCAUGGCGACGGCGAAUAAUCCCGUUACCGAUUCCGAGUACGAGUCCGACUCGGACUCAGCCGUUAGGCCCGCUUCUGACGUCACCACCAGCUCUACUACCCCUUCUUCAAACGCCGUCGUUUCCGCUUCCCAUCCGUUCACUGCUCCCACCGUUUGCCUCCUCCGCUUCGCCGCAGACUCCGCCAGUGGCGCAUUGUUGGGCUCCAUCUUUGGCUAUGGUUCUGGAUUGGUUAAGAAGAAAGGGUUUAAAGGAUCCUUUGCAGAAGCUGGAUCUUUUGCAAAGACAUUUGCAGCUUUGUCUGGUGUUCAUAGUUUGGUUGUAUGUAUCUUGAAGCAACUUCGUGGAAAGGAUGAUGUCAUUAAUGCUGGGGUAGCUGGAUGUUGCACUGGCCUUGCUCUAAGUUUUCCAGGUGCACCACAAGCUCUUUUGCAGAGCUGCGUCACUUUUGGGGCAUUUUCUUUUAUCCUCGAAGGGCUAAACAAGCAGCAACCGGCAAUAGCUUUAACCAUUUCAACGAAAUCAGGCACACAAAACAAUAUACGUCUACAUUAUAAUUUUUUCACCCCUUUUUUUCCGACAUAGUAACAAGGACCAUGACUUCUGUACAUUGCUCAUUGAGUGUCAAAUGCUGCAUCAUGGUUGUAUCUUGUACUUCAUUUGUGCUUAGUUUGAAGGUUUGUGCUAUAAUAAAAGGGUAGAGGAUGAUUGGUUGACUCAGUGCAUAUGCUGACUCAAAUGUUGGCGCCAUGAUUGAGUUAGAAAGUUUUGUGUAGGAAGGUCUGCCAUCAUUUGUAGGCAAUGAUGCCGUUUGUGUUUUAUUUGUAAUUGUAAUUUGUACUAUCUUUUAGCAGUCAAAAUUUCCAGGUGUUUUUGCCUUUAA